UGGAUUCACAGAUUCUGUGCCUGGGGAGAAUUGCAAUUGCUUGCUCUCACUGCGUGUUUCCUGUGUCAGAUCAGUUCACUGCUCAAGAACCCCAUCGUCAGGCAUGACGGCAAGAAUCCAAACUAUGUCUCCGGUCCCAAGGCAACCAUUCGCUGUUUUGGGCGAAAGCCGCCUUCGAGCCGUCGAGAGCACCAAAAACCGCCAGAAUGGAACGCAUGCGUCUUCCCUGAAACGCUGUUUCGAUGCUGCCAAUCUUUCUGAUUCCGAGAACCUCGACCCGUUGUCUGGGGAAUCUCCGACCAAGAAAUCAAAAGAUCAAGUAGGCAGUGACACGCUGACGCCAAAAAGCAGAUUUCACACUCUGACGACCUCUGUCGAUCUGGAUAUUCCAGACAAGUCACUCGUUAGCACGCAAAUCUUACCUCGUGCUCUGACUACGUCAACUCCUCGACCAACGCCUCUCAGAGCUGCUGCUGGUUGCUCUGCGAGGUCGAGAGUGCCAAAAGCGUUUGCUCGUCGAAGUUCUGGCUUGCGUCGAGUUGAGCCGCCAUCACGUCUACAGCGCCAGGCCUCCCGUGCUCCUUUCUCUAUUUCAAACGCUCUCAGUAGGACAUUCAGCCUGUCAUCCUUUAACCCAGAUGGAAAAAUUACGCCCAAUGGUGGUGAGAGCCGCCGGAAGGCCUGGGAUUUUGAGAUCUAUGUGGAUAGCGAGCAAGAUGAAAUGGCGAAUUUGAUGGAGCAUUCAACUUGCGUACUUGAUAUCAGUGACGACGAGCAUAAAGCAGAAAAAUAUGGUCUGGGAAAGGAAAACAUUCCGCCGCCUGACUUCAGUCCCGAAACUUCCUCUGCUGGAACCGAAUCUCGGGUCGCCCCUACAUCUGAGAUAGUGGAAAUGACAGACAGGCCUCGCUCUCCCCUUGGCGAGUUAAACCCUAAAGAAUUCAUCCCAGAGGGCGAGGAUUCUUCUGCAGUUAUAGUGGUGGAAGUCGGUGAGGAUGAUGAAUCCGAGACUUCGUCAAGGCACCCAUCAUCCUCUGUUCCUGAGAUUCCUGUGGCCCACAAAAUAAGCCAAACUUCGGAACAGCUUCUACUAAAACAGGCGGUCAUCUCCUCCUUUAAAAAGAACACCGCUGCUGCUACUUCUGAUGAUGAGGCGGAACACUGCGUUAAGGAAUCGACUCCAUCAGCCGCAAAGGCUGAGAUAGCUAACGCUACAGAAAGCGCCGCUAAAAAUAAUAGUCAACUUAAUGACUCUGGCACCACCGAAGUUUCCAGCGCUUCUUAAAUCUCUCCACAUGUUUACACAUCAAGUUCCCUUGCGGAUAUAUCCUGCAUUGUGUACCUACGGUGGCUGAUGAUUCCCGGGUUGAUAUGACCUUGAAUAUCCCUAGUGCUUUCCUUUAGCUCAAUAACUACGCGAUAUCAAACACUCUUAUACGUGCUAAGCUUUUUCACCCGAACAGUCCGAUUGACCCAGUUCUAUGUCCCUGCUACCUAAGCCCCCAAACUUCUGCCUAGCGUGUUCUGUUACUACUUAACCUGUUUCACUGCUUUCUCUCUUUGGCUCUCUAACUUGCUGUAUGGUUUAUGGUUAUCGUAUGUCAAGCAUGAACAGAUUUGUUGAUGAACCGCAACGCCCCAGUCCCUAGUGAUGGAGAGUAAUGAGCAACAUGGGAAUACGAUGCUGAUGGCUUAUGUCUUUUGAACGGUCUGACUUUAUGGCUUGCUUUUCAAUUUCCGCUACUCAUGUGAAGGGAUAUUUUGCGAAUGAUCUGCGUUGUCUAUCAUGGUGUUCGACAGUUGGUGCUUAGUGAGAUUCUGCCUCCAUUUUGAAUUCUGCCGUUUACUCGUUUAAAUGGUACUUGGUAUUUGCAGG